ACAUUUUAACCACAUAAAACAUUCUCUGCUUCCAAAGCCUCCGGUGUCUCUAGUAAGCAGUGCAACAGCAACAACUCCUUGCUACUGGACUCAGAGACGGGGAAAAUAUUGUAUCGGAAUGUCCCAGCAAAGAUGCAUUGUGAUCUUUGCACUGGUAUGCUGCUUUGCAAUUCUGGUUGCACUGAUAUUUUCGGCAGUGGAUAUUAUGGGAGAAGAUGAGGAUGGACUCUCAGAAAAGAACUGUCAAAAUAACUGUCGGGUUGCUCUUGUGGAAAAUAUUCCUGAAGGGAUCAACUAUUCAGACAGUGCACCUUCUCAUUUGUCCCUUUUCCAAGGCUGGAUGAAUUUGCUUAAUAUGGCUGAAAAGUCUGUUGACAUAGUAUCUUCCCAGUGGGACCUCAAUCACAGUCAUCCAUCAGCAUGCCAGGGUCAGCGUCUUUUUGAAAAAUUGCUCGAACUGGCGUCCCGAAAUAUUGAGAUAAAACUAGUGAGCGAUAUACUGCCCGUGGAAUCAAAGGUAUUAAACGACUUGAAAACAAAGGGUGCUGAAGUGUUGUAUAUGAACAUGUCAGCAUAUAAUGAAGGUCGGCUUCAGUCAUCUUUCUGGAUUGUUGAUAAACAGCACGUAUACAUUGGAAGUGCCAGCCUAGACUGGAGAUCAUUGGGACAGAUGAAGGAACUUGGCGUCAUUGUGUACAACUGUAGCUGCCUGGUCCUGGAUUUACAAAGGAUAUUUGCCCUGUACAGCUCAUUAAGAUACAAGAAUAAAAUUCCUCCAAGUUGGUCUAAGAGACUAUAUGGAGUGUAUGAUACUCAAAAUAAACUGACACUGCAGCUGAAUGAGACAAAAUCAGAAGCUUUCGUGUCGAAUUCACCUAAACUCUUCUGCCCAAAGGACAGAGUCCUGGAUAUUGAAGCUAUCUACAGUGUUAUCGAUGAUGCGAAACAGUUUGUAUACAUAGCUGUCACGGAUUAUUUGCCAAUCGUCACUGACACCAAUGCUAAACGGUACUGGCCGUACUUAGAUGGGAAGAUAAGAGAAGCAUUAGUUUUACGAAGUAUUAAAGUACGACUUCUCAUAAGUUUCUCAAGAGACACAGAUCCCCUUACGUUUAACUUUGUUUCAUCUCUGAAAGCUAUUUGCACUGAAGUUCCAAGCUGUAGUUUGAAAGUUAAAUUCUUUGACCUUGAGGAAGAGAGUGCUUGCUUUCUGAAAGAACAGAAGAACACUUCCCUUCCCAAAUUAAAUCGUAACAAAUAUAUGGUGACUGAUGGAGCUGCAUACAUUGGUAAUUUUGAUUGGGUAGGAAAUGCAUUUACGCAGAAUGCUGGAGCCGGCCUUGUUAUCAACCAAGCAGACACGGGGAACAGCACAAGCAUCAUUAAGCAACUCAAGGCUGUUUUUGAAAGAGACUGGUAUUCACCUUACGCCAAAAGUUUACAACCAACAAAAAUCCCAAACUGCUUUAAUCACAAACUUAACAAAGCAACAUCUAAUAAGACUGCCAUGAGCAAUGUGAAUUAGAAAGACUAUUUUACUGUUUAGUAUGGCAACGAAGAGUUACAUUGGGGUGUAGCCCUCUUUCAUAUUUACAGACAAAAGACUUAAAGAAAAAGAAAAAAAAAAAAAAGUUUGGUUGGGGGGGGAUGUUUUUAGGAAAAAGCACACUUAUAUAAAAACUGUCUAAACUAUAUUCUCUAUAUUGAACUAUUUAAGACUUUCAAAUUUGUUACUUCUGACACUGAAUGCCAUUUCUGCUUCCAUGUUAAUUUUAGUGUUCUACAUUCGAAUUUAACAGCAUGUGUCAGUUUUUCUGUUUCAGUUUUAGGACCUUCCCUAAUUGCCAUCCUGGCUAGAGUGAACCUUGAGGCAAAACCAAGAUUCAAGCUAUGAAAUAGCAUUCUAAGAUCAGUUAUUAGUGACAUACAAGUAGAUGGUAGGUUUCCUGUAUCAGAAAACAUUAAAGGAAUAAGCAGACUUUCACCCAUAUGAAUGAUUCCCUUUAAAUGAAUACCCAGUCAUGUAAAUUCUUCCUAUUUUGAGCAUUUUGUUUGAGUGUUGCUCUUUGAUGUCUUCUAACUAGCCUUAAAAGUAUAUUAGAGCUACAUGACUGGUAAUUCAUUGGUUUCCUAAAAGUAUGAAAAAAUUUUGAGGGAUUGGGGUUGACCUCAUCAAAUUUAUCAUAACCCCUACAGCCUUUCAGAUAAAUGGAUUUUUUUAUCAAAGUAAUGUGGAUUUCUUUCAACAUAAUAUUUAUUUCAAAUUAUACUGUUUUUCAUCUAAUAAUGAAAAUUUCUGUAUUAAUGGUGAAGACCUAGGAUUGUUUGGUGGGGAGGUUUUUUGGGCUCUUUUUUUCAUAAUCUCAAGAAAAUUCCUUCCCUAAGUUAAGUAUUUAUCAAGUGUGGGUCAGCAGUUGCAUGAUGACUCAUUAUGAAACCAAUGCAUAGAUAAAAAUCAAAUACUACUAUUUAGGAAGGCCAAGGGUUACACAAAAUCAUGCGGUAAUCAUUGGUAAAUGAUCAUAUAGUCAUUUUGUUUGAUUUUACACCUAAAAGUUUUUUCUUUCCUAACUUUUACUUAAUAAUAAUUGUGAAAUGAAAUUUUGUGUUAAAGUGUCAUCUAUAUGGGUGAAUACAUCAGCACAAACAGAAAUGUGAUGCCUUCAUUUAGGCCCUAGUUUCAGUUGGUGUUGAUAGUGUGCCUCUACAAGCAUAACUUAGUUGUACCAAGAAGCAACUGUUGCCUAGAAGUGUGAAUUUGCUCUUAAAACACAUAUAAAUGUUUGGCAACAAAUUAUUCUCCACUCAGAGCUGUAAUAGCUUAGUAUUGUAAUAAAAACAUCUCAUUACUGUCCCUCUGUUUCUGCUGAAGAAAUACAGCCAUGAAGCAAACUGCAUUCUGCAUUCUGUUAAAGUUUCCCAGAACUUUUUCCAAAAUGCAGACUUUUCUCACGUGGCUGUAUGUUACUGAAGGCACGCUUCAAAAGCAGCAGGCAAAAAGAAAAGGAGAACCAAGCAUGUUCCAAUGGACUAUUUUAAUCUUAAGAACAAGUUAAAAAAAAAAAACCACCUUGACUUUCAAAACACAGGUUUCUUUUACAAGGCUAAAAAAAAGUUAAAAUUUAUUUUAAAGUAAGAACAGCUUAGGAAAUUCUUACAAGGUAAUGUAUGCAAAACUUCAGAUUGCUCGCUAGAGGUAGAGACGCACCACAAAACUAGUUAUGACCACAAAAGGCACACUUUUGACAAAGAAUGUUUGUUUCUUUUGCAAGUGCCAAGAUUCACGUCAUCUUACUGAAAAUAAUGACAUACUGAAACCAUUUUUAAAGUUGUCAACUUUUACAGAAAAGAUUCUGCACAGUUCAGCUCAAUAAGAUUUUCUAAUGUUCACAUAAACACAUGCCACUUAUUAGCCUUCUCCCACACACAUAGGUAAAUAUAUAUUCUGGCAUUCAUAUAAGAAACAAAUAUCUAAAGUGAACAAAGUUUUCUGAAUUGUUGUGAUGGAAAGAUCUUUGUGAAGAGAAACUUCCAUAUUUUUUUCCUUUUGUAUAUAACUUUAGAAUAUGUGGAACAAGUAUGAGAGAGAGGUCCCUGGCACUGAAUUUACUUGUCUGUUUGUUUUUUCUUUAAAUAAUAGAUAUGAGUCCAGAUUAAUUUCUGGUGAAAAUUUCAGCUGAAUUACACCACCAAUUAAUUUUGUCUUAUGAAUCAAAGCUAAAAAAAAACCAAAUCAAACAACAAAAAUGCCACUUUCUUAAAAGCUGGUUGAGGUAUUUGUAAAGCUUCUGAGGUCCCCAUGGAUGGGUGAUCUUAAAGCUUGAGAUAAUACCGAGUCCUUACAUAACAUACAAAAAAAACCCCAAGCAAACAAAAAAACCCCACUGUCCAGAGUUGUUAAUUGUAGCACAUGAUGGCAAUAAUGUACCAGAAUGAAUCAAUGUAAUUUUUUUUUUUCUUGCAUUAUGGAUACUAGAAAUAUGUCAAGGUUUUAAAUGACGUCUUGUACAAAUAAUGGAGGAACUGAGUGGAACAGUUUAUAAUGCAGAAUUUACUGAUGAAAUCAGACUGCGGAGUUACCACUGACCUUCUGUUUAGUAGUAUACCAAAUAAAUAAUUCAGAUGGAGUAGUUUUACUGGACAGAUAUUAGGGAAAUACAAUCAUGAAUAUUAACCUGAUCCAUUGGUUUUGAAAUGUAUUCUUAUUGUCUUGAUGAACGUAUUCUGGUGCUUCAAUGACCCCACCCCCAAAAGAACUGUUAUGUAAAAGUACAUUUAUGUUUUGUUUUUAUGAAUGGAAGAUUUUGGGGGCUUUUGACCAACAUUUAAUGCAAAAUAGUGGUUAGCCAUCCUGCAAAUGGACUGGCAGAUUCAAGUUUUCAUUUGGUAUGAAGUAUGGAUUGCUAUUUUAAUGACUGUUUAGAAUGACAGCAGCAACAAAGUAGUACAAAAGGCUUUGGUUUGCUACGUUAGCCAAAAGACAAAGUGCAUCCUUGGACUUCAGCAAGUAGGAAAUUAAAAAUAUCUUCUUUUUUUUUUUUUUUAAUUACUUUUUUUUUAAGCUGUUGAAGGGGAUUAUAGCCAAUUGUUUGUUUUGGGUUAAAUACAUUUGCCACAGCAGCCCCAGUUCUGGCUUCAGAUCCUUCUACUCAUGUAAUUAAACCUGAAGCAAAUCCAUUAGCAUGAUUUCGUACUCGUUUAGCAUGGACCAGAACCUAGACCAGUUUCCUCUUGCUGUAGCUCUCUUGAGUAUCAUCAUUGCACAGGCUAUUUCCAAACUUAAAAGGGGUUUGCAAUUCAGUGUUUUUUCACAGGCAUAAUCCAAAAGAUGCACUUUCUCUAACCCCCUUCUAACUGGCUUUGGUAACUCUGUCAUAUUAAAGGCAAUUUCCUAAACAGAA